CACUUCUCAAGCUUUUCCUCUCGAGCCAGCAACUCUUCUUCACCCUUCCCAAGCAGUCCCAACGGCCAAUUGACCUCAAGAUGGCCACCAGAACCCUCAGGAUCGGCCUCAUCCCCGGUGAUGGCAUAGGCAAGGAGGUCAUUCCCGCCGGCCGGCGUCUCCUCGAGUCCCUCCCACCCUCCCUAGGCCUCUCCUUCUCCUUCGUCGACCUCGACGCCGGCUUCGAGACCUUCGAGCGCACCGGCACCGCCCUCCCCCAGCGCACCGUCGACACCCUCAAGUCCGAGUGCGACGGCGCCCUCUUCGGUGCCGUGCAAUCGCCCUCCAAGGCCGUCAAGGGCUAUUCCUCCCCGAUCGUCGCCCUGCGCAAGAAGCUCGACCUCUACGCCAACGUGCGCCCCGUCAAGGGCGUCGCCACCAGCCUGUUCCGCCAGCAGGCCGUCGACAUGGUGAUUGUCCGCGAGAACACAGAAGACCUCUACGUCAAGGAGGAGAACACCCGCGCCGACGGUCCCGGCGGCCGUCCCGUCGCCGAGGCCAUCAAGCGCAUCACCGGCCGCGCCAGCUACCGCAUCGCCGAGAUGGCCGGUCGCAUCGCCGAGCGCAGGCAAAAGAUGCGCGACGCCGGCGCCGACAGCAUCCACGCCGGGCCCAUGGUCACCGUCGUGCACAAGUCCAACGUCCUCUCGCAGACCGACGGCCUGUUCCGCACCACCGCCCGCGAGGCCCUGGCCGCCGCCACCCCGGCCGUCGCCGUCGAGGAGCAGAUCGUCGACAGCAUGGCCCUCAAGCUCGUCCAGCAGCCCGAGUACUACGACGUCGUCGUCGCCCCCAACCUGUACGGCGAUAUCCUGUCCGACCAGGGCGCCGGCCUGCUGGGCUCCCUCGGCCUGAUCCCCAGCGCCAACGUCGGCGAGUCCUUUGCCAUCGGCGAGCCGGUCCACGGCAGCGCCCCCGACAUUGUCGGCCAGGGCAAGGCGAACCCCAUCGCCACCAUGAGGAGCGUCGGUGUCAUGCUGGAGUUUAUGGAUCUCGAGAAGGCGGCCGCCAAGAUCUAUGCCGCUGUUGACGCGACUCUCGCCGCCGGCAUUGUGACACCUGACCUCGGUGGCAAGUACAGCACGACUGAGGUCGUCGAGGAUGUUCUGAAGAGGCUGUAAGCUUUCGGCUGAAGCGGUGUGUUGUGUGUGAAGAAGUUGAGAUUAAAAAUUCUGGGGCGGUAGAUUAAAAAAAAAGACAAACAUUAGAUACCAAAAAGUUUCAUGAG